AAUACGAAAUGGAUUCACUCAAAUUAAUAUUUUUCUGCUUUGCCAUUGCCAUAAUCUUAACAAAUGGAAAUAAAACGUUGGAGGAAAGUCAUUCGACAUCAGUCUCGGGAAUGGUGAAGCUGAUCCUGCUGGAGGCCAAACUAAUCGAAAAUCUCAACAGAUAUACAGAUGAACUAAAGAGGAAAUUGGAUAUACUGAAAAGAGUCGUUCCACGAUUGCGGGCCGAAAGCGAUAAGGGCAUGACUCAAAAGGAAGAUUAUAUUUCGAAUCCUUUGAAUGCCUUUUCCCUGAUACGCCGCAUGCAAGAGGAUUCAAUUGAUUGGAAGGUGUUCAUUGAGCUCAUUGUUCUGUGAUUCAAUGUGAUUCUUUUCUUAGUGUACAUGUGAUUGUCAUAAUAAUUCAUAACCAAGCAACAAACAAGUGAAACUGGUGAUCGCAUUGCAAC